CUGCUGCAGAUGACAGAUGUUACCGGUACGCAGACUGCGCGAGCUGCACUGCCAACACCAACGGGUGCCAGUGGUGCGACGACAAGAAGUGCAUUUCAGCAAAUAGUAACUGUAGCAUGUCAGUUAAAAACUACACCAAAUGCCAUGUGAGGAACGAACAGAUCUGCAACAAACUGACCAGCUGCAAAAGCUGCUCGCUGCACCUGAACUGCCAGUGGGACCAGCGGCAACAGGAGUGCCAGGCACUACCUGCUCAUCUGUGUGGGGAAGGAUGGAGUCACAUUGGAGACGCCUGCCUCCGCAUAAAUUCUAGUCGUGAAAACUAUGACAAUGCCAAACUCUAUUGCUACAAUUUAAGUGGGAAUCUUGCCUCAUUAACAACCUCAAAAGAAGUGGAAUUUGUUCUGGAUGAAAUACAGAAAUGUCAAACUUCACAGUCCCUCAUUAAAUUGAAAAUUUCACCUUGGGUAGGUUUGCGCAAGAUCAACAUCUCCUACUGGGGAUGGGAUGACAUGUCUCCUUUUACAAAUACAACUCUGCAGUGGCUUCCUGGAGAGCCAAACGACUCUGGCUUCUGUGCAUACCUAGAAAGAGCAGAGGUGGCCGGUCUGAAGGCAAAUCCAUGCACUGCAAUGGCAGAUGGUCUUGUGUGUGAAAAACCUGUUGUUAGUCCCAACCAGAAUGCCAGACCCUGCAAAAAGCCAUGCUCCCUGCGAACAACAUGUUCUAACUGCACGAGUAAUGGUAUGGAAUGUAUGUGGUGUAGCAGUACCAAGCGGUGUGUUGACUCCAACGCCUAUAUAAUCUCUUUUCCAUAUGGACAGUGUCUAGAAUGGCAAACUGCCACAUGCUCCCCUCAAAACUGCUCUGGACUGAGGACCUGUGGACAGUGUUUGGAACAGCCCGGGUGUGGAUGGUGCAAUGAUCCCAGUAACACUGGAAAGGGACAAUGUUUGGAAGGAUCAUCAAGAGGCCCAAUGAAACCUAUUGGCAUGUCCUCUAAUGAAAUGGUGCUUGAUGCUAGUCUUUGUCCAAAAGAGAAAAAUUACGAAUGGUCUUUUAUUCAGUGUCCAGCUUGCCAGUGUAAUGGCCACAGCACCUGCAUCAACAGUAAUGUCUGUGAUCAAUGUAAAAACUUAACAACAGGAAAACAAUGUGAAACGUGCAUGCCAGGAUAUUAUGGAGACCCCACAAAUGGAGGACAGUGUACAGCUUGCACGUGCAGUGGACAUGCAAAUAUUUGUCACAUGCAAACAGGAAAAUGUUUCUGCACAACUAAGGGAAUCAAAGGAGACCAGUGUCAACUUUGUGACUGACAAAACCAGAUUUUUGAGGGAGCUCUUUUAAAAAAUUCUAAUAUAUAUUGCCAUAUC